AUGCACUACUCUGGAGAGUUCUCUCACUGGAACUACUCGCGCAUGAUCCGCCGCCGAUUGCAAAGCCUUGGGAAUGACCCCGAUGACAAUGCGGCAGGCGACGUUGCGAUAGCCAAUGACUCAUUUCGUGCAACCAGUCUCCAGUCCACCAGUUCGCUCGUCAAGUCGUCGACAACGUACUUUCCGCCACGGCAUAUUGCCGACUUCCUGACAAACACUUUCUUAGAGUACGCACAGACGAAUUACUUUUAUUUCGACGAGAUAGAGUUCCGGCAGAAACUAGACUACUAUUACACCAUCGAACGUCCCUUGGACAUCAAUGACGCCGGCUGGAUAUGUACAAUUCUAAUGACAUUUGCAAUCGGAACGCAGUUCGCUUACAUGCACGGCGACCGCUCACAGGCCUUGCGCGACCCACCCGGCGAAAAUAGUCUACUUGACGAUCACAUUGGAUUGGCUCUCUAUCGGCAUUCAUGUCGCUUGAUUCCCGAUUUAAUUACCAUUGCUUCAAUCGAGACAGUUCAGGCAUUUCUGCUGCUUGGUGUCUACACACUCCCCAUUGAUACUUCCGGUCUUGCUUACACUUAUUAUGGGCUGGCUAUCAACAUGGCCAUCCAAAAUGGGAUGCAUCGCCGAUUCGCGGGGGAUGGCUUGGACGCACGAACAAUCGAAGUUCGGAACCGCCUUUGGUGGUCAGCGUAUUCGUUGGAGAAGAGGAUUAGCAUUCUUCACGGGCGUCCCUUCUCUGUGUCCGCUGCUGAGACAGACGCUGAGCUUCCCAAAGACUUGCCUGAACUGAGACCACCCAAUCGUGCGAUCAACCUCCUUAAUGUCAAUGCUACUAUUCACUUGACCGAGCAGCUUGGAAAGGUCGCACAUAUCAUAGGCCGGCUACGGCGACUUCCACGAGGCUUGCACCAGCCCUUUUUAGAACAACUCUUUUACAUUCACAAUGAAAUCAUAAGAUGGUGGGACUCUCUCCCCAAGAAGGUGCAUUGUCGGGACCUUGAUCCUUUGGGCCCCCUUUUCCGCUGCAAUAUUCACAUGGAAUUAAAUUACGCUAUGCUCAGGCUGUACAUGGGCCGCCCGUUCAUUCUGAUUCGGGCAGCAAACUCGUCAAGUGCAGGAGAAGUUGAUUCUCAACGCGACCCAGGUCUAGACAUCAGCGCGACUUUGUCCUCUGAUGGUGUACAGGCUGCUAUCAGAAUCAUCGAGCUCUGCCAAUUGCUGCAGGACACGGUCGGGUUAGCCCGCAUUUCAUACACGGAGUUCAGUUCCUGUCGUGCUGCACUCCUGGCGAUCAUUGCUCAAAGCUUGAAUGCGCGACCGGACUAUUUACGCGAUGCCCUUUUGCAAGGAAUGACUUUGAUCCGUCAAAUGUGCGUUGGCCUGGAAUCGGCUCGCUCGGAGGUAGCGGUCAUUGAAGCCCUGGAGCAGGCGGCGCGACGUCUGGAUCAUCGUAGCCGAAGUGAGGAUACAGCCACCAGUCAAGUCGAUUCUGCCUACAGUCAGUUCCGGCGUUGGGCUAGACUGUGGCAGAACGAGCCUUCAUCUUUGAGUGUCAUGCCAGAGAGUCAACCUACUACUCAACUUCAUGACCCUCAAAUAACUGCUGGUUCAUUCGAUGGAUUCUUCGCGUCUUUCCCACAAGAACUUGGAUCUUUUGCGACCCUUCAUGAUGCCGAAUCGCAGUUCAGUCUAAACUCACCAAGCAUGCUGUGGCUGGACAAUCUCCAACUACCGCCGUUUUCUGAAGACAUAAGCGCUCCAGCCUGGGAGGCUGGCAGUACAUGA